AAAAUCCCCUCGCCCCAAAAAGAAAUCACUGAAUUUGUGAAACCUCAAAAAGACAAAAAAAAGAAUAAAGAGAAAUAAAGAGAAACCCACAAGAAAAAUUGAAGAGGAAGAAAUGUUAUGCUGACACCAUAUAACCACAGCUCAGCUCAAUAAAAGUCCACUCUUUCUCUCUUUAGACAUCUCUGCAACAUUUCUCCAUGUCCGUCGCCAAAUCCCCUUAGACCGCCGCCCACUCAUCCAUCCUUUUCGUUAUUGAAAUUGCCGGUGUUCAAUACAUGGCGGAGGAGGGCGACGUCGUUUCGAAGACCUUCCGAGCACUCGUGGAGAGAGCGGACCGUAAAUUCGCACGGGUCCGGGACUUCCCGUCGUACGGACGAGCACAAGGGCAACAUUAUUUCCAGAAAGUCUUCAAAGCGUACAUGCGGUUGUGGAAGUACCAGCAAGAGCACCGAACGGAGCUUGUCAAAGCCGGUCUGAACCGGUGGGAGAUUGGGGAGAUCGCCGGUCGGAUCGGCCAGCUGUAUUUCGGCCAGUACACUAGGACGAGCGAGGCCAGAUUUCUGGUCGAAGCCUACGUUUUCUACGAAGCGAUUCUGAAGAGGAGGUAUUUUGAAGGGUGUAAAGUGAAGGAUCUUGGAGUCCGGUUUAAGGAGUUGAGGUUUUACGCCCGUUUUUUACUCGUUUCCUUGAUUUUGAACCGGACCCAGACGGUGAAAGUUGUCGUUGAAAAGCUCAAAGCUCUGGUUGAUGAUUGCAACGCUAAUUUCCGGGAAACGAACUUUAAAGAAUGGAAACUAGUAGUGCAAGAAAUUGUCCGCUUUAUGAAUGCCGAUGCAACUUUUACAAUUGCAAGUGCUAGGCCAUUUAGGUACUCUGCUAUAUUUGACUGUCAUCCAAAUUCUGUUCAAUACGUGGCUCGGUUCCAUGCUAAGAAGGUUCUAAAGUUUCGAGAUGCAAUCCUGAUGAGUUAUCAUCGGAAUGAGGUAAAAUUUGCUGAACUUACUCUGGAUGCAUAUAGAAUGCUACAAUGUUUAGAGUGGGAGUCUAGUGGAUCAUUUUACCCAAAGCAUCUGGCUGAAACAAAGGAGAAUGGUGUUGUAGUUGAUUAUUCUGGAACUUCGGGACUGAUAGAUAUGAAGUUGGUUGCAGACAUGACUGAUCCAACUUUACCUCCAAAUCCCAGGAAGGCUAUCCUGUACCGACCCUCUGUAACACAUUUGAUAGCAGUUAUGGCAACAAUUUGCGAGGAGCUCCCUCCAGAGAGUGUUAUACUGGUUUAUCUAUCAGCUUCAGGGAAGCCUAGUCAUAUUAAUGCUUCUCCAGUAGAAUCUUCAGGAGGACCCAAGCGAACAACAAAAAACAAACUUACUUCUCACAAUUCCCUAGAGCAGAAUUUUUCUUCACCUGAAUCCCACAUUAAUGGCAAGAAAGGGUCUAGUGACUAUUAUGAUGAUUAUCUUUGGCUAGGUUCUAAAGGAAAUGGUGGUUCAAGUAAUCUCUAUCCUGGUGAUAUAAUUCCUUUUACCCGAAGACCUCUUUUCUUGGUCAUUGAUAGUGACAGCAGCCAUGCAUUCAAGGUCUUACAUGGUGCAGAAAGAGGAGAGAAAGCUGCCUUACUGCUUUCGCCAUUUAGACCAAUGUUUAAGGACCCUUUUAGUGCUGAUAUUACUCAGAAUGGAAGUCAGUUUACCUUUUUCUUGACUGCUCCUUUACAAGCAUUUUGCCAAAUGACUGGCUUUGCCUUAUCUGAUAGUGAUAUAGAAGUUCUAAGUAAUGCUGAAAACAUCUUGUCUACUGCUUUUUCCAAGUGGGAAGUAAUUCUCUGCAAGUCACCAAGCCUGGAUCUGGUUUGGGCGCAAGUUUUGUCUGAUCCUUUUUUAAGGCGGCUUAUUAUUAGAUUCAUAUUCUGUCGAGCUGUGCUCUCUGCUUUUUGUUCUUCAGAAGAGAGCGAACAAUAUGUACCUGUUUGCCUACCACAACUUCCUAAUUCUCUGUCUCCAAAGGCUGAAGUCGUGCAGUCUUCAGUCAGCCAGCUUGCAAAUCACCUGAACGUUGCCGACGGCUUUCACUUUGACAACACAUAAACAGGGUCAUAAGUUGAUGAACUCUGUACGAUAACAUUGUGGUUUUCUGAUAGGAAGAUUCAUUCAAUUUAUAGUUUUUUUAUGGUACAGUAGCUCCUGUAAUUUCACCCUUAGUUGGCAAUUCUGGGUACUCAAAAAGACAUAUGGUUGCUAAGCGAGGCUUAAACCAGGCAUCGUUGAGGAAUUUGAUCGAGCAUGCUCACUUCAGCUUCUGUAAUCGCCUACAAACUCCUCGCUGGUUUAAUAAUCUCUUUUCCGGAACUUUAUCCUGGUAAGCCACUAUUCUUAAAAUGGGUAAGGUAUGCAUGAACAUAGGUGGCUGAAGUCUUUAGGAGUCCCACCAUUGAUGUAUAAUAAGGUAACUGCUGUCAUGAACGUUAGAUAGAGCCUUUUCUGUUUAGUGUUCCAUUUUCUUUUAAAAAUUUUUUGGGCAGAUUUGAAAAAGAAAAAUGAGGUAGGCUAGUGGGGUUUUUUUGUUUUUUUCGGUUUGAUUUAUAUGUUUUCUUAAAGAAGUGUUAAUGGAAAGAACUAGAAUGUAAAUUGAAUAUUGGUAAUCGAGGAAGCGUCUCAAUACGUGUAAUUGCAAUGCAUUUUUUUUCUUUAA